AUGUUCGGCGUUGCUCCUCUUCCAGCCCUGGCUCGAUGGAUGCCUCUUCUUUGCUUUCUGAACCGGAAUCCUCCUUGUUCGUGGUUGAGUGUGAUGGAGAAUCUUCUGACGUCGUACGUCGUUGAAAGCAUUCGGGUCAGUGAGGAAGCUCUCGUCGCCGGAAAAGUGCCCGUGACGGGCAUUGAAUACAUUCACCCCGGUGACGUUGCCGGCGUGUGCCUUCUCCAUCUCAAAGCUCCCGCAACCAACAAUAAGAUUGUGGCACGACUCUCCGGAAUCACACCCUUCUCAGUCGGUCCACUGCAACGCUUCACACGAAUCAGCGACCUCCAACACCAAGUCGAACGCUGCACAUCCCGACCAGAAACCAGCCAAGACGUCCGCCAUGCCCCCACGUACAGAAGUCUACGAGUCCUCCCUUCCAAAAGCGUCCUCCCACCCAAAAGCGUCCCCCUCUGGAAGUCGGUACAAGUCGAGACUUCACGGACAGAGACGGCCGACUCACCUGUUACCACACGAACCGGCAGUCCAAGCCAGGAGCUUGUCGCCGAUGACCUACCUGCUGCCCCUCGAGAGGAAGAGCAGGAGGGGAAGCUCAAGAAACUCAGCUUGUCACGACAGUCGGCCCUCGACGCUGAGCAGCAACUGGACCGCGGGAAGAUGAGAACAAAUCCUUGA